AUGAUUUAUGUUUCUUUCUAUCUCUCUCUCUCCAUCCCCUCUCUCUCUUUCCAGUUCUCUCUUCCUAUCUCUCCCUUUUUCCUCUUCUCUCUUGCCACAUCUCUUUCUUUCCACCUCACUCUCUUUCCACCUCUCUCUUUCCACCUCACUGUGAUUGCGUGCGUGUGUGCGUGGCGCGUCCGUACGGCGCAUAAUGAUAUUUCUUUAUCUCUCUCUCUCUUUCUACCUGUUCCUCUUACCCCUUCUCUCUUUCCACCUCUCUUUCUUUUCACCGCUUUCUUUCCACCUCUAUUUUUCCACCUCUCUGUGAUUCGUGCUUUCUUUCUAUCUCUCUCUUUCCCCCCUCUUUCUCUUUCUGCCUCUAUCUUCCAACCUCUCCCUCUUUCCCCUUCUCUCUUUCCACCUCUCUUUCUUUCCACCUCACUCAUUUUCCACCUCUCUCUCGUUCCACCUCUCUCUCUUUCCACCUCUCUCUUCUUUUCACCUCACUCUCUCUCUUUUCCCACUCUCUCUCCACCUCUCUUCCCACCUCUCUUUCCCCGUCUCUCUUUCCAACUCUCUUUUCUUUCCACCUCACCUCAUUUCCACCUCUCUCUCUUUCCAACUCUCUUUCUUUCCACCUCACUCAUUUUCCACCUCUCUCUCUUCCCCACCUCUUCCUUCUCUUUCCCCUUCUUUUCCACCUUUCCAGAUCUCUCUUUCCACCUCCUCUCUUUUCCGUCCGUCUCUCUCUCUUUCCUUCUCUUUCCACCUUCUCUCUCUCCACCUCUCUGUUCUUUUUCCCGUCCUUUUCCAACUCUUUUCUUUCCACCUCAUCAUUUUUUAACUCUUUUCUUUCCACCUCACUUUUCUCUCUUUCCCACCUCUCCUUCUCCCCUCUUUCCACCUCUCUCUUCCCCCUCACCUCUUUCCAGAUCUCUUUUCUCCGUGCGUCUCUCUUUCCGUCGGCUACCUUUUCUCUCUCUCUCUUUCCACUCUCUCCACCUCUCUUCCCACCUCUCUUUUCCCUGUCUCUCUUUUCCAACUCUCUUUCUUUCCACCUCACUCAUUUUCCACCUCUCUCUCUCUUUCCAACUCUCUUUCUUUCCACCUCACUCAUUUUCCACCUCUCUCUCUCUUCCCACCUCUCCUUCUUUCCCCUUCUCUCUUUCCACCUCUCUUUCUUUCCACCUCACUCUCUUUCCAGAUCUCUCUCUUUCCACUUCUCUCUUCUUUCUACCUCACUCUCUCUCUCUUUCCACUACUCUCUCUCCACCUCUCUCUUCCCACCUCUCUCUUUCCCCGUCUCUCUUUCCAACUCUCUUUCUUUCCACCUCACUCAUUUUCCACCUCUCUCUCUCUUUCCAACUCUCUGUGAUUCAGUGCAUGCUUGCGUUAAGUGAAUAA